AUGGAACGGAACAUAGAAAUCCAAAAAUAUAACUUAGAAGCAAAAAUUUACGAAGAAAGGAGAAAAACUGAAGAAAAAUUAGAUGAUAUGCUACAAAAUAUCCAAACAAACAACCAUCAAAUAAGGAAUGUAGAACAGAGAAUAGAAGACAUUUCACAAAUAAGAGACAUAGGGAGACCUUACUUGAAUUUAACAAAUGAGACAGGUAUAAAAUUCUCUGGUAACAUAAAAAAUUUACAUCCUAGAGUAUACAUAAAUAGUUUAAAACAUAAAUUAAGAUCAGUGAAUAAUAUUAAUGAUAUAAAAGAUUAUAUUAGAAUGACAUUAAGUGACAAUGCAGCAACCUGGUUUGCCAGCAUUGAAAACGAUUUAGAUAAUCUGCAAACAUUUGAAAAUAAAUUCUUAAAUUAUUAUUGGGGUGAAUUAGAACAAGCUAGAUUUAGGGAAGUUUUAUAUUUUGGAAAGUAUAAUCGCAAUUUAAGUUUAAAUACGGUAGAUUAUGCUUUAAAAUUAAUAACUGUUGCAAAAUAUUUAGAACCACCACUUAGAGAAGACGAAACAGUUUUGAACGUUUCUAGACACUUUGAUGCGGACGUUGUGCAAACAGUCACAGUACAAAACAUUCAAACAGUAGACAGUUUUAUUAACUUUAUUCAAAGAGUACAAAGACGUUAUAUUACAAGUAAUAAUAGUAAAAAUAGACAAUCAUAUAACAAUAAUAGGUAUGGUAGUAAUUCUCAAAAUUUUAAUAACAACAAUAGUACUAGUUAUGAGAGACAAGGUAAUAGAGAGAAUUUUAAUAAUAAUACUAAUGAUAAUAGACAAGAGAGACAAGGUAAUAGAGAGAAUUUUAAUAAUAAUACUAAUGAUAAUAGACAAGAGAGACAAGGUAAUAGAGAGAAUUUUAAUAAUAAUUAUAAUAGGCAAGAUUUUAACACCAGGAGAAAUGCACAAAGAUAUAAUUACAACAGACAGGUAAAUUAUGUAAGGGGUCAGAGCUGCGAAGACAGUCAACGGAAUAGUACAUGGCAAGAAAAUAUGAAUAGUAGAAGUGAAAGCAGUGAAAGACAUCGAGAAUUAGAUCCAAAUGAUCAGACACAAUCUGACAAUCCUAAUAAUCCAAAUUUUAUGUAG